UAAGUGCUUCCUCAUCAUGGCAGGCCCAGCGCGACACCCAGAUGACUGGGCUCUGCGGCCCUUCUCCAGUAAACCGCAGAAGACCAAGCCACACAUACCCUCUUCCUUUCUCUGGACCCAUCUCCUCUUCCUGCUCAUGGGGCUAGGAGCCUCUGGAAAGGACCCAACCCCAACAGUGGUGCCUGGGAUUCUAGGGCGUUCGGUAACUUUCCCCCUGAACAUUUCAGUAGACACAGAGUUUGAGCACGUCACCUGGAAUGGUCCCCGAGGUGCUCUUGCUUUAGCAACUGCAGAAGGAAAGAUUUUCUUUAUGGUCAAAAGCUACCAGGACCGACUAACCAUCAGCUGGAACAGUUUCUCCUUGUCUCUCAGCAACCUGACUUUGGAAGAUGCAGGAUCCUACAAAGCCCAGAUAAACCGUAAGACUUCUACAUUCACCACUGACAAGGAAUUUAUGUUGCAUGUCUAUGAGCAGGUGCCGGAGCCUCAAGUCAUCAUGAAGUCUGUGAACAUGUCUGAUAGUGGCUCCUGUAACAUUACCUUGAUUUGCUUUGUGGAGAGGGCAGGGACAAGUGUUCUGUACAGCUGGACCCUGAGGGACGCCCAAGCGUCUGAAUCCCAUGAGGGCUCCACUUUCAUCAUUCACUGGAGGCUGUGUGACCCAGACCUGCCAUAUACCUGCACAGCCAGGAACCCAGUCAGCCAGAACACCUCCAGCCCCGUCCAUGCCCGGCAGUUCUGUACAGAUCCAGGAGCCUCCAGAGGAGAGUCAAUGGGGGAGAUGGUGGUGGGGAUCCUGGGGGAGUCAGUCACCCUGCCCCUAACACUCUCGGCCAGUCACUCCGGAGAGAACGUCAUCUGGAUGUUUAACACAUCUAUUAUCAGCAAAGAGCAGAAAGAAGCAGCAACAGCUGAUCCAUUCAUUAAGUUCAGGGAUCCCAACAAGAACUCUAGCCAAGACUACUCCCUGAUGAUUGGCCAGCUAAAGAUGGAGAAUGCUGGCCACUACUAUGCCUAUGUGUGCUCAAAGGCCUCCGGAGUCAUCAGCACAAAACACAUCACCCUGCUCGUCUACGGGAGAUUGAAGAAGCCAAAAAUUACCUGGCAUCCUGGGCUUGCUGAGGAUGGCAUCUGCAGGGUCAGCCUGACAUGCUCAGUGGAGGACAGUGGACACAAUGUGACAUAUAGAUGGACCCCCAUACCGAAAGGAACCUUCGAGUCCCAAGGGGGACCUCACCUCAAUGUCUCUUGGACAAGUGGUGAAAUUCAUCCCAACUUCACAUGCAUCACCAGCAACCCUGUCAGCAACAGCUCCCAGCAGUUUAUUUCCGGCAACAUCUGUCCAGGGCCUGAGAGAAACACAGAGCUUUACAUUGGGCUCUCCUUGAUGGCCUCCAUCCUGUGCUUUGGGAUCUUCAUCUGGUGCAUUUGGAAGCGAAAAAGACCGUGUUCAGACCCAGCCUCCAACUCCAGCCACGCUGAAACCCCAACAGACGCACCAGGUAUCACUGCUGACCACCCACUAUGCAAUAUGCUCUCCCAAGGGUAUCAGAAGCUGGACACUUUCCCUAAGACUGCCAAGCAAGAGCAUAGCCCCACCUCCGAGAGCAGUGAAACAACGGAGAAGAACCAGGAGAGGACUGGCAGAGCCAAGGCUAGAAGACACCAGGAGCAUGACUUGCUCACUCAGGAAAGCACUGGAUCUGACUCAUCAUCUGAAGGGCAAGCAGAAUAUGAUCUCAUCACUCCGGAAAGCAAGGUGCCUGCGUCUGUGGACAACACGGUGUAUACGCAAGUGUUCCUCAACUUGCAGGGAAAGACCCCAGUUCCUGAGCAGAAAGAAAGUUCAGCCACAAUCUACAGCUGUGUACAGACAUCUCAGAAGGUGAUGCCACCACCACAACAGGAUGAUCUUGAGUCUCCUGAAAGCCCUACCUAUGAAAAUUUCAGCUGCAGAGAAAAGCAGCUGCUGCCUCUCUCCCUGUAGUUGGAGAGUCUGCUGGACGGUGUAGGGCCUGCGCUUUUACAGACAGAAGCACUUCAGAAUUGUCUUCAGUGUCUCAAAGAUGCGUGGGUUUCCCCCUCCUGCUUCCUUCCACCCCUGUGACUACCCAAGCCCAUUAAUAGAUCAGACACAGGCUCCUUCUUGGAGUCCCCAGCCUUCAAGCUGUCCCUGCUCUGUCCGUCUCCUUGUAUGCUCAUACAGUUUCCCCUCUCAGCUCAGAUGCACCACCUCAGAGCUCAGCCAAGACUGGUCCAGUGUUGUUGAAAGGACUCUGGACCUUCACACCAUCUUCUAAAGAGCUGCUAAAAUGAAUCCAAUGGAUAUUCUCACACAUGGACGCAAAGACCUAUGUAAAUCGUGUCCACUGUAGUAUCUUUUUAAAUAAAAGGACAGAAAUAACCUAAAUGUCCAUUUAGUAGGAAUGUGGUUAAAUGUGUGAUAGUGUACCCAUGUGACAACAAGC